UAAAUUUACCCGCCCAUGCUGUUAUCAUUAAGGGUACCGAUAUCUAUGACUCCAAACAUGGCUCAUUUGUGGACUUGGGCAUCUUGGAUGUACUGCAGAUUUUUGGUCGUGCUGGCCGUCCACAAUUUGACAAAAGUGGUCUGGGUACCAUCAUAACCACCUAUGACAAACUCAAUCAUUAUCUUUCCCUGUUGACCAAUCAAUUCCCCAUUGAAUCGAAUUUUGUACAAUUUUUGGCCGAUAACCUAAAUGCCGAAAUAACCCUGGGCACCAUUUCCAAUGUUGAGGAGGCUGUGGAAUGGUUAAGUUAUACUUAUCUCUUUGUUCGUAUGCGCAUCAAUCCCCACGUCUAUGGCAUUGAAUAUGCUGAAGUUUUAAAUGAUCCCCUACUGGAGGAGAAGCGAAGAGCUCUUAUUAUUGGUGCUGCCAUGAGUUUGGAUAAAGCCCGUAUGAUUCGUUUCAAUCAGCGAACUAUGGACUUCAAUGUUACCGAUUUGGGUCGUACGGCAUCACAUUUCUACAUUAAAUACGAUACGGUAGAAAUAUUUAAUGACCUCCUAAAACCAUUUAUGUCGGAGGCCGAAAUCUUUGCCAUGAUUUCACAGGCUCAAGAAUUUCAACAGCUCAAGGUGCGCGAUGAUGAAAUGGAAGAAUUGGAUGAAUUGCGCCACAACUACUGCAAGGUCAAGGCGUUCGGUGGCAGUGAAAAUGUUUGCGGCAAAGUUAAUAUUCUAAUGCAGACGUAUCUCUCGCAUGGCUAUGUCAAAUCGUUCUCCCUCGUCUCGGAUAUGUCGUAUAUUGUACAGAAUAUCGUGCGUAUUUGUCGUGCCUUGUUCUCAAUUGUUCUGCGUAAUAAUAACGCCAUUUUAUCCGGUCGUAUGCUGCAAAUUUGUAAAAUGUUCGAGAAGCAACAAUGGGACUUUGAAACGCCAAUGCGUCAAUUUGGCAAUCUGAAUGCUGAGACUAUCGAUAAAUUGGAAAGUCGUGGUAUUAGCUUGUAUACCCUGCGGGAAAUGGAACAAAACGAAUUGAAAGAGAUUUUACGUAAUCCCAGAAAUGCGGAGCAGGUAUUACGGGCAGCCCGGGAGUUGCCAAUGCUUGACAUUGAGGCCACCCUGCAACCGAUAACACGUACAGUCUUGCGUAUUAAAAUCGAUAUAUGGGCAAAUUUCAAUUGGAAUGAUCGUGUACAUGGCAAAGUUAGUGAAAGUUUUUGGUUAUGGAUUGAGGAUCCGGAAACGAAUUUCAUCUAUCAUUCGGAAUUGUUUCAGGCCACCCGCAAAUUUGUCUUCAGCGGUAAACCGCAACAGCUCGUCAUGACGAUACCAUUGAAAGAACCACUGCCACCACAAUAUUAUAUACGCGUUGCCAGUGAUACCUGGCUGGGCAGUAACGCCUGGACAGCAAUGACUUUCAAACAUUUGGUUCUGCCCGAACAUCAUCCCCCAUUAACGGAACUCUUGCCUUUAAAUCCACUGCCUGUUAGCUGCCUGCAAAAUCCCCUCUAUGAAUCCCUUUACAAUUUCUCACAUUUCAAUCCAAUACAAACACAAAUAUUCCAUUGUCUCUAUCAUACGAAUAACAAUGUUCUGUUGGGUGCCCCCACGGGGUCGGGUAAAACAAUUGUUGCCGAAAUUGCAAUGUUUCGGGCAUUCAAUAUGUCACCCAAGGCGAAAGUAGUAUAUAUCGCUCCGCUAAAAGCUUUAGUUAAGGAACGUAUCAGCGAUUGGAAGAAACGUUUUGAGGCUGGACCUCUGCGUAAGAAGGUGGUUGAACUUACCGGUGAUACAACACCGGAUAUUCAAGCGAUACGAGAGUCGCAAGUUAUUGUGACAACUCCCGAGAAAUGGGAUGGUAUAAGUCGUUCGUGGCAGACACGAGAAUAUGUCCAGGAUGUGGUGCUAAUUGUUAUCGAUGAAAUUCACUUGCUGGGUGAAGAUCGUGGUCCCGUUAUUGAGGUGAUUGUUUCGCGUACAAAUUUCAUAACAUCACAUACGGGGCGGAAUAUUCGCAUUGUUGGAUUGUCGACAGCAUUGGCAAAUGCCCAGGAUUUGGCCAAUUGGUUGGGCAUCAAACAAAUGGGAUUGUAUAACUUUAAGCCAUCGGUGCGACCGGUACCGUUGCAGGUUCACAUAAAUGGAUUUUCUGGAAAACACUAUUGUCCACGUAUGGCCACCAUGAAUCGUCCAACAUUCCAGGCUAUACGCACAUAUUCCCCCACAGAUCCGGCCAUUGUUUUCGUCUCGUCACGUCGACAAACCCGCCUAACUGCCUUAGAUUUAAUAACAUUUGUGGCCGGCGAUGAAAAUCCCAAACAGUUCCUCAACAUGGAAGAGUACGAAAUGCAACAAAUUCUACAGGACAUUAAAGAUUCCAAUUUGAAAUUCUGUCUGGCCUUUGGUAUUGGCCUGCAUCAUGCCGGUCUACAGGAACAAGAUCGUAAAACGGUUGAAGAACUCUUCCUAAAUCGUAAAAUUCAAGUGCUCAUUGCCACCGCAACAUUGGCAUGGGGUGUUAAUUUACCCGCUCAUUUGGUGGUCGUAAAGGGUACGGAAUAUUUUGAUGGCAAGGUUAAGAAAUACGUUGAUAUGCCCAUAACAGAUGUCCUACAAAUGAUGGGUCGUGCCGGUCGUCCACAAUUCGAUAAUGAAGGUGUGGCUGUGGUGCUGGUACAUGACGUUAAGAAAAACUUUUACAAAAAGUUCCUCUAUGAUCCAUUCCCCGUGGAGUCAAGUCUAUUGGAGGUAUUGCCCGAGCAUAUAAAUGCUGAAAUUGUUGCGGGUACUGUACAAACAAAACAGGCGGCCUUGGAUUAUUUGACCUGGACAUUCUUCUUCAGGAGAUUACUAAGAAAUCCUACCUAUUAUAAUUUGGAAGGCCUUGAACCAAGUCAGGUUAACACAUUCCUCUCAUCGUUGGUGGAAAAGGUCAUCUAUGAAUUGGAAGCAGCCGCUUGUGUCGUACAAAAUGAACAUUUAUUGCUGCCGACGUUUUUGGGUCGCAUUGCUUCGUUCUACUAUUUGUCAUAUCGCACAAUGAAACAUUUCUUGGAUGAUUUGGAACCACAAAUGUCAACAUCGGAUAUUUUGCUGGCCAUUGCCGAUUCCUAUGAAUUUGAUCAACAGCCUGUACGUCACAAUGAAGAUAAAUAUAAUGAAGAAAUGGCAGAUGUGGUGCGUUAUCGUCCUCGUUCGCCAACAUGGGAUUCUCCCUAUACCAAAACGUUCCUCUUGCUACAGGCUCAUUUUUCAAGAUUAGGAUUGCCGAAUUCUGAUUAUCUAACAGAUACAAAAUCGGCAUUGGAUAAUGCAACACGUGUUAUGCAGGCCAUGGUCGAUUACACAGCGGAACGUGGCUGGCUUUCGCCCACUUUGAGAAUACAACAAAUAAUGCAAAGCGUAAUACAGGCACGAUGGUUCGAUGAAAGUGAAUUCCUGACACUGCCGCACGUCAACAAUUCCAAUGUCCAUCUGUUCUAUAAUAUAGCACACAAUUAUGAAUAUCUAACACUGCCGGUAUUGAAAGAUAUUUGUCGAAAUGAUUAUGAAAAAUUGGCCGGUCCAUUACGAGAUAUGUUCGAAGAGCCAGAAAUUGAACAAAUCUAUAAGGUUGUACAAGAUUUGCCAGAAAUUGCAGUUAACAUAUUUGUGCAAGGUCGCAAUUACGAAGAAGAAGAGUCUCUACGACCUGUCAGUACAGAUCCUAAAUCGAAUGUCUGGACCGAAAUACAUCCGAAUGAGGAUUAUGUUCUGUGCAUCGAUAUGGAGCGUUUGAAUGUUAAACGCCAAUUCAACACACAAAUACAUUGUCCCAAAUAUCCCAAGGGUAAAAAGGAGGCAUGGUUUUUGACACUUGGCUCCCAGGGCAAUGACGAGCUGCUGGCCAUGAAACGUAUCAAUAUGCGUGGCCUGAAAUCAUCAAAUCGCAUAACUUUCCAAUGCCCACCACGGCGAGGACGUUUGCUGCUAACCCUCUAUUUAAUUUCCGAUUGUUUAAUCGGAUUCGAUCAACAAUUUGAUUUACAAUUUGAAGUUGUCGAUCCCAAACAAGUAUAG